AUGAGUUCCCCUUUCAAAAAGGCACAGUCACCGGCACCUGAGGCAAAGUCGCCAAAGGGGAAGGAGAGUCCGUCCACACCUGGUCCCGCGUUCCCAGCGGGAAAUAAGUCGCCCACACCCGGUCCCGCGAAGUCGCCCACGCCUGCUCCCACGUCUCCAGUGGGCAAUGAGUCUUCGGAGCCUGUUGGUCUUUUGCCCGGUGCCUAUUGGGGCCAACAGGAGCUAGAUGAGGACAAUGACUCGACCCUGGGAAGUGAGUACGCUGAGAGUUCGACCGCCUCGAUCUCUUCCAGCAUCUUGCACUACCGUAAUGUCCUGGGACGGACCUACCACAGCGAUUCUGUGACUGACACGGAGUAUUGGGGCCCUAAUGAUGCAAAGGCAAAUGAGAUGUUGGAUAUCUUGCACGCGGCUCUAGUUAUGUUGUUCGAUGGAAAGCUGUAUACGUCCCCGCUCAAUGAGAAGGAGAUCAAGAACGUUAUUGAUAUUGGUACCGGUACUGGACUCUGGGCCAUUGACUUUGCGGACGAUCACCCCAAUUGCAACGUAAUUGGCACUGACAUUUCCCCUAUUCAACCUAGCUGGUUACCUCCCAACACCUGCUUCGAGAUCGUUGACGCAAGUAAGGAGUGGACCUAUCAAGAGAAUUACUUCGACUUUAUUCACCUUCGCUGGCUUAUCGGCGUCAUCAAGGAUUGGGAUGCCCUGUAUAAGGAGGCUUACCGGUGCUGCAAGCCGGGCGGUUGGAUUGAACACCUUGACACCGAUGCUCAAUUUUCAUGCUUUGAUGGAACGAUGCAGGAUGAUUCCGCUAUGGCCCAGUGGGGUACAAUUUGGAAAGAGGUUGGGCGGAAGACUGGGAUCGAGUUCAACGUGGCUUCUUCAGACACGAUGGAAAAGGGAAUGAAAAACGCUGGGUUCACCAACAUUACGUCGGAGGAUUACUAUGUUCCCUCCGCGCCCUGGUCUGAUGACCCGAAGUUGAAGCAGCUGGGUCUCUACCAAUCUGCGGCGCUGACACAUGACAUUGAGGGCUUCCUUGUCUAUUUCAUGCCCAAGUACCUGGGGUGGACGCCGAAGGAAAUCGCGAACUACGCCGCUACUAUUCGCGGAGAAUUCAGGGAAGCCAAGAUUCAUUCUAACGCUAGGUGGCGCAUGGUGAGGGCGCAAAAGCCGGUGGAUGCUUAA